UCAAAAAGUACCUUUGAAGGCCAGGGGAAAAAUCAAAGCCUCAAGGUGAUCAAAGCAAAAGUGGAUCCCCCAAAACAGGAUUUAAAAGUGUCGUCAUCAGGUUUAUCUCAUAAAGAUAAGCAAGACACUCCAAUUGAUCUUAUGGAUCAGAGUCCACUUAAUCCAUCGACAGGGAAAAGGAGGAUAUCAAAGGAGAUUGGCUACGAUUCUGGAAAACAAUAAAGAAGGAGAUAAGAUGGACACUUCAUGGGAUAACAAGAUCAGAAGCAUAAAUCGAAUUUUGCGAACCAAACAACUCACUGUCUACAUUCCGCAGGUUGAUUUAUCUUCGCGAUUUGCUGUGUUGGAUGAUUUGAAGGAAGAUCCAGCUUUUGAAAAUAACAAUAAUAGUAAUGGGAAAAAGGAGGAACAGCCUGAUGGGAUGGUAGAAUCUGAGGUUGAAAUAGACUCGGAUAAGGAAGAGAAUUUUGAUGGGAAAAACUCAAUUUUGGAAACGGUCAAUUUCAAUGUCAUUCGCCAUAUUGAUGAAUAUGAGGGUAACGCUCAACCUGAUAGAGGAGCAACGGACGAUUUUAAUCAAUGGAUCAAUAGCUGUAACCUAACUGAAUUGUCACCAUUGGGCAAUAUUUUCACAUGGUCAGGAAAUCAACAAAACGGGAAGGUACUUAAAAAGUUGGAUCGUGUUUUAUUUAGUCAGGAAUGGAUGGAUUUCUUCCAAGCUUCAUCGAUUCAUAAUCUCAACAAAACAACGUCUGAUCAUGCUCCAUUACUUCAUCAAUUUCGGGUAGAGAUGGAAACAAGGCCUAGUAUCUUCCGGCUUCAAAAAAUGUGGAUGAGACGGGAUAGUUUUCUGGAUGUGGUCAAGAAUAAUUGGGAGCUGCCGCAUCAUAUGAUAGGCAUGAUUGGUUUUUCAAUGAAGUUGCGUAGAUUGAAGGAGCGACUAAAAGACUAG